AUGGUCCGUGGAAGCAUUGGUGAUUGCUUGGAGGCUGUAGGCGUAUUCGAAGCUCGUGGCCAGUCUCAAGAGGCCGACGGAGGUGAUGUUCACCAUCUUAUCAAGCACGCACUUGCAUGA